CGCGCUUUUUGUUUCUGCUGUUUUUGCUCGACGACGAGCCUUCCGUCGCCAUUUUUGUACCGAGAGCGGCGCGGCCGCGCUCUGCUCUUCGUUAUGACGGGCUGCUGCGCCUUCGGGUGCAAGCGGCGUCACUCGGACGGGACAAAGCUUUUCAGCAUUCCGUCCGGCAAGCGCGAUGCAGCUCGCAGGAAGGUUUGGCUACACAGGAUCGGCCGGGCCAACUUCGAGCCGACGCCAUCCACGCGCCUCUGCGAGGAACACUUCACCGAGGACCAAUUCGAGCCACUGGUCCUUCAGAACCACGGCAUCCGAAAGCUGAAGCCAGACGCCACCCCGAGCAUUUUCGUCCACCGCAAGCACCGGGUCAAACGCACAUCAUCAGCCUGCAGCGCAGCCCCUGCUGCUGAUCAAGACACAACAGCCACGAGCAAUACAGUCCCCACCACACAUGCGGACCAUGACGCCCGCUUGCCACAGCUCUCUGUACAAGGCCCACAAACUCCUUCAGCCUUCGGUGACCCACAGCCUCUGCCAGCAGCUGCGGCUGAUGUUGUCGACCGUACCACGUCAGCCUGUAGUGCGUCCUCUGCUCCUCACCAAGACGAAAGCGGUGGUGUGAACGCAGGGAGCUCUUCGAGCACCCGGCCUGUCUCUGAAAUCGCUGUGGCUGCGCUCCAUAAGAGGAUCGAGGAGCUAGAGGAGCAGCUACGAAGCACGAAACGAAGGCUGUCGCUCUCGCAACGACAGAGGAACAAAGCCGUCGAAGAAAAGAACUCGCUGGGGAAACAACUCCAUCGGUUUCUGGCGCCCGACCAGCUGCAGUGCAUGGGAAGUUCCACCAUGAAAGGGACCCCGUGGUCGACGGCAACCAUCGAGAAAGCGCUGAAGCUGAGGUUGGCGUGCGGGGCGCGAGGGUUCAAUGUCGUCAGGGAGCUUGCCGCACCGCUGCCGACUGAACGGACCUUGCAGAGAUACCUCGAAAAGUUCAAGUUUUCGCCCGGGAACCUACACAAUGUGCUGCAAUCGCUCGCUGUCAAAGUGAACUUUAUGGAAGACCACGAGCGACAUGCCGUCCUCAUGCUCGGUGAGAUCCAGCUCACGACAGGACUCGCUUGUGAGCAGGAAACCGGCAUUUCAACUCCUCCUUCAGUGGAUGGCACUCGUCCGGAAGAUGUGACGGUCACACACGGUCACGUGUUCAUGUUGGGUGGUGUAACAACCCACUGGAGGCAGACAGUCGCGUACCACGUUACCGAGAAUUCUUUCGGCAGUGACGCUGUCAAGAGUGUCACCCUAGCCAUUCUUCAGGAAUGUGAACAAUUCGGCAUCCGAGUAGAUGACGUCGUCAGCGACAUAGGAAAUAAAAACUAAAGCCCUCCCCCGCCCGCCCGCCGAAUAAAACCCAUUCCUCCUAUGCA